AUGCCAUCUGAAAAAAAUGAUAAUCCUUUUGAUGACAGUAAUAAUACGAUUUUAUAUACAAAAAUGGAAGAUAAUAAUCCAUUAGCAGAAAUUAUGGGUAGAAUGAAUGGACUUUCAUUGUCUGCAUUUAGUCCUAAGAAAGACGAAAGCUUACAUAAUGAUUCAAAUGCGGAUCUUUCCAAUCUAUCAGAAAUGUCAAUAAAUGAAGAAGCUUCAAAAACAGAAAAUAAUAAAAAUGGAGAUUUGGUUUAUCUACAAUACUUCGCAGAAACAGUACAAAAUUUAAAAAAAUCUUUCAGGAAACUCGUCAGAAAUAAAUUUGUACACAAAGAACUUGUAACUCAAAUAUUCGAAAAAUUACAAAAUGAUGAUUUAGAAGGAGCUACAAGUUUAUUAAGAAAAAUUUUAGAUAAAAAGACUUUAAAAGAGAUUAACAUUCAUCAAAUUAAUCAUUUCCUGCAAGUUAUCUUUCCUAUGGUAUUGAAAGAAAUAAAUGAGAAUUUAGAAAAGCUAAGUUUGUUAAAAAAAGAUAUAUUUGAUUUUAAUAAAAGUAUAUUAACUUUUUGUAUAGAAAAUAAAAAUCAAGUGAAAUCUAUACAAGAUGAUACAAAGAGUAAAAUAAAGAAGUUUAAAAAUGACAUUUCAGAUAUUUUUGGUUUGACAGAAGAACAUUCUAUAGAUCAAUUUUUUAAUGAGCUAUUAGACAAAAUAAGGCGUAUUUAUAAUGAAAAUAAGAAUAUAAAACAGGAAAAUAAACAUUUGAAAGAAAGUUCAGAUAUUAAAGAUUUAAAAAAAGAGAUAGAAGAUAAAAAAAAUGAUAUAAAACAAUUACAAUCACAAAAUAUUUCAUUUUCUGAAGUAAUUACAAAAUUAGAUACUACAAACAUUAAAUUAAAAAAAGAAUGCAUAAUUUUGUCAAAUGAAUAUAAAAAGUUGGUAGAUUCACUUAAGUCAAAAAAUACAAUUAUUGAAAAACAAAAGAGAAUUUUAGAAGUUUUACAAAAACAAGUGGGCGGCAAAGAAAAUAUUGUUAUUGAUGACUUAAAAAGAAAAAUUGAAAGGUUAAAACAUAAAAUUGAAAACGAGAAAAGUCAAGAAAAAAUAAAUAAGUUACAAAUGGAAUUAACAAAAUAUGAUCAAAGAAUUAAGGAUCUUGAAGCUAUUUACAAAACAUAA